AUGUUCCUCUACUUGGUGUUAACACUGAUCGGUCUGUCCUCGCAGCAGCCACAUGUGCCUGAGAAUAGGUAUGAGACAUGUUCGUUGAAGCUAGAUAGAGGAGAUGCAUGCUGCUCUGCGCCAAAUAACACUAUCCGGUUUUACUUCGAUGAAGUACUAGAAGACUGCUUCACAUAUCUGUACGAAGGAUGUGGUGGCGGAAGGAACACUUUUUACACUGAGCACGAAUGCCGCGCUACAUGUAUUCCAGCUGAUAAGCACAACUGUGGUGGCAACAAGAAACCAGCCGGCAGCUGUCACGAAUUGGACACAUCUUGUCCGGCUGGCAGCAGUUGUAUCAAAGGAGGACUUGGAGUAGGAUUGUGUUGUGACAUCGCUAACGAGGAAGAGUGGGAGAAAGAAACGCAUCCUACUUGCCAGGUGGGCGAUGUGUUGAUGCGAACUGUUUGGUACGGCUCGGAGAUCUGGAUAGGGAAGAGCUGCUCUCAUCGAUUCUGCCCAUAUGGAUAUGAAUGCAUUCAAGGAAAACGGGUUGCACAUUGUUGCGGACCUAUUCCAAACUUCAAGGAGAAGCUCUAUCCUGAAGAGGACAACAGCAUCGAUGGACAGUAUCCCAGCGAUAAUGUAGAAGGAGAGACGAAAAUCUCUGAAUAUCAGACGCCAUCGAAGCCUGUGAAUCCACGUUAUCGAGGCGCAAAGGAACAGACGCAGACCGGCACUGAAAACGGGUAUCGACGACGAUAA